CGUUGAAAUUUGGGUUUCUUAAAUCUUAAUUGCUCUGACCAUGUAGUUCUGAUUUGCCGCCGUCCGCGUAAAGCUAAACAACAAUCAAUCAAAGCUUUGACACUUCAAAUUUCAAUCCUCCAUCCCUCUGCGCGGAGAAUUCGUCAUGAGAAAGUCCGGAAGAGGAGGCCGGUGGACUGAUCACAAUCGAAACCAAGAGGUUUGGGUCGCCAAACACACCAAUCAAUCACACAAUCACGCUUCUACUUCCGCCUCACAACCUUCCCACCUCUCUAAUCCUUCUCCUACGGCUCGUAAUUUCAAUUACGACCAUCGCAUUCCCCGCCGUCCCCGUCCUCACCCUGUCCACAAACCGGAGGUCACUGCUUUGGCCGAUGGAAUAGAGACUUUCACUUUCGACGAAAAGCCUGUGGACUUCGAUGUUGCGAAACCUAACUGUGAGGUUACACCUGGAAAUUCUUCCUUAACUGAGGCCGAGGAUGAUGUUUAUAGUAGGUUAGAAAUGCUGCAGCGGAGUUCCGAGGAGCCGGAGUUGUCGGAGGAGCAGCUCAGUAUUAAUAAUCAGUUGCAGGAAGAUGAGUUGCUGGCUUUGGAGUCCAUAUAUGGAGAAAAUGUCUAUAUCCUCGAUGAAUAUAAAGGGCAGCGCCGUUUCCAGAUUUUCAUACACAUUGAGAAUCCUGGUGAUAUUACUAUAACUGCAAAGCUUAAUUCAUCUAGUUCCCUUGAGAUCAAAAGUCCUAAUUCAGAUGAAUUCUCCUGUUCUUUCGAUGUGAAGUACCUUAACCCCAUUGUUUUGACCUGUUUAUUACCAAAAGUGUAUCCUAGUCAUCUACCUCCAUAUUAUACAAUCUCUAUUCGGUGGUUGGACUCUGCUAGGAUUUCUAGGCUUUGCUCUGUGUUGGAUGGGAUAUGGAGUGAACAAGUGGGGCAGGAAGUUGUAUAUCAAUGGGUAGAAUGGCUACAAAUGUCAUCUCUGGCUUAUCUUCAGUCAGAUAAAGAGAUUAUGCUUGGUCCUUACGAUAAGGGACAUUCAGGAGAUACUCGGGCAGUUUCAGGAAUUGUUUCUCCAGAAGUUGAUGUUCCUGCUAUUAUAAAUUAUGACAAUCAGAGACGUGAUGAGGACUUCUGCAUGAAUUUGCAAGAGUGCUGCAUCUGUCUAAGUCAGUAUGCAGGUGCAAAGUUUGUUAGAUUGCCAUGUAAACAUUACUUUUGCUGGAAGUGCAUGGAGACAUACUCGAGCAUGCAUGUCAAGGAAGGCACAGUAAGCAAACUCAAUUGUCCAGACGCCAAAUGUGAUGUUAUGGUUCCUCCUGGUCUUUUGAAGCAAUUGCUUGGCGAUGAGGAGUUUGAAAGAUGGGAAUCCAUGAUGCUCACAAAAACACUGGAAUCGAUGUCAGAUGUUGUCUAUUGCCCAAGGUGUGAAACACCCUGCCUAGAGGACGUCGAUCAUGAUGCUCAAUGUUCCAAGUGUUACUUCAGUUUUUGUACACUCUGUAGCGAGCGACGUCAUGUCGGAAUUGAAUGUAUGACUCCAGAAAUGAAGCUUCGUCUUCUCGAGGAGCGUCAAAAUUCAUCUCAGUUAGGCAGUGAACAAAGAAGAAAGGAGCGCGAGAUGAUAAAUGAGCUUAUUAGUGUCAAGGAAAUACUUCGUGAUGCCAAGCAAUGCCCAUCGUGUAAAAUGGCAAUAUCACGGACCGAGGGAUGCAAUAAGAUGGUUUGCAAUAACUGUGGACAGUAUUUCUGUUACCGCUGUAGCAAGGCAAUUGAUGGAUAUGACCAUUUCAGGGAGGGGUCAUGUGAAUUGUUCCCGCAAGAAGCCAUUCAACAGUGGGAAGAGCGCAUGAAUGCACGGCAGGUUUUGGGCCAGAUUCAAGCUGAACUUUUUCCUGAAAAUGGUCAUCCAUGUCCUAAUUGUGGUCAACUUAAUGCCAAGGUUGGGAAUAACAAUCACAUACGUUGUUGGUCAUGUCAAAUCCACUACUGCUAUUUAUGUAGAAAAGUUGUGAAACGCAGCUCCCAACAUUAUGGACCCAAAGGAUGCAAACAACACACGGUGGGUUGAUUUUACUUCUACACACUCUUCCAUAUGCUUGUACAUGUUAGUAUUUAACAAAAUAAAAGGAAAGAACCGUUUACAAUCUUUUGUUUUCUUCUUCCACUUUCUCUUUUCCUUGCUUUCACUUCAUUUUUCUAUUGAGAAACAAUGUGAGUUAUAUUUUAAUUGAUCUUAGGAUAAUGUUCUAUCUGUAUUAUCUAGUGAGAUUUCACACACACACACAAAGAAAGUUUUAGAUAGCAUGCUCAUGUAAAUGUAAUAGAAUCAUAGGCCUUUUCUAAUAAUGUACCCAUGCUAUCGUCCAUAUUAUUAUUUAUCUUUUAUGAA